AUGCACGUCUUCAUCACUGGUGCCGCUGGCUUUGUUGGCCAAGCUGUCGUCCAAGAACUCCUCGACAACGGAUACACCAUUACCGGCCUAGCACGCUCAGAGAAAUCGGCUGAGACCCUCCAAGCAAAGGGAGUUAAUGUGAUUCGCGGUUCUAUCGAAGAUGUUGACUGUCUGAAAAAAGCAGCCACUGAGGCUGACGGUGUUAUCCAUCUUGCCUUUGACCACGAUUUCACCAAAUUUGCCGAGAAUGCCAAGGUGGAGCGCGACGCAAUCUUCAGCAUGGCAGAUGCCCUCGCCGGAACCAACAAGCCUUUCGUCCUCACCUCCGGCACCAUGGGUCUUCCUAUGGGACAGGUUGGUACCGAAGAUACCCCUGUAGAGACCAACUCCGCCUUUGGCGCUCGUACUGCUACAGAGCAGGAGGCACUCAACUUUUCCUCAAAGGGUGUGCGAAUCACUUAUGUUCGACUGUCCCCUACAACUCACGGCGAUGGAGACAAGGGCUUUGUCAGUGCGAUGACACAGUUCGCGCGCACAAAUGGCCAGUCGGUGUAUGUCGGGGAGGGUCUUAAUCGAUGGCCCGCUGUUCACCGUUUCGACGCAGCUCGUCUCUAUCGUCUAGCCCUGGAAAAGGGGGUCGCAGGCAGCAGAUACCACGCUAUUGCUGAAGAAGCUGUCCCAGUAAAAGAUAUUGCUGAAGCAAUCGGUCAAUCUCUCGGUCUUCCAACAGUUUCUUUGGACUUUGAGGCUGCUUCUAAGCAUUUCGCUGGUUUCAUGGUUUACCCCGUCAGCUCCGACAACCCAGCCUCUAGCAAGAAGACACAGGAGGAGCUUGGUUGGAAGCCCUCUGGACCUACCAUUCUGGAGGACAUUAAGGCAGGAGUCUAUGUUUAA